AUUUGGCACUUUAAAAUUUUUUUCUAAUGGAUAUUUCCAAGGCCGAGAGUCAAACGCCUGUCGGAGAGCGUCGAUCUGCGAAUCCUGAUUAUAUGAGAACCCUGCUGCAGGACAUCCUGUGUUUCUUGGUCCUGCUAUCGGUGGCCCUACUAAUUGUGGCUGGCAUUCUGUUUGUGGUGGAGGACGUAAGCCGCCUCCAGCAACAGCACCAGCACCAGCAGUACCACCACUACCAUCAUCGCCACAUGCGUCCGGAUCAGAAAGCCAAUGACUUAAAAGGAUCACCGAUCGAGGAGGCACCGAAAGAGCAAGGUCAAGUCUUCCCACCACCCACAUGGCUUCGAUUCUUCAACUGCAAGAAUAAGGUACCUCAGCAGCCACAGGAAGUUGAAAGGGAAGCGGUACAGUUUGGCCCACCAAAGCAGGACGAUCGGCAGCAGCAGAUCCCGUUAGAUGCAGCUCCAACUUAUCCAUCUUAUCCAACUUUGCCGCUGCGCGCUGGAGGAGACUACAUGGAUGAAGCUAUCAACAAAAGACUGGAUUCGGAACCCCAGCAUUUAUUGGCCAAUAACAUAAGGACCUAAAGAAAUGUCUUAAAUGCUGUUAAAUGUUCAAAUUUACCCCUUUAAAGCUGCAGACUUUGAAAGCCAACGGGAGCCGAGCCGAAUAUUUCCGCGGAAUAGCUGAAUUGUGCUAUAAAUAAAAGAACAGCUCAAUUAA